CUGGCGCGCAAGGCACGGCCGCGCCCUGAGAGGUCCCGUGGAACGGCCCGUUGCCUUCGCAGGUAUGCAAAGAAGCCUUUUCACGCAGAUGUCCUUAGAGAUAAUAUGGAUCAGUCCGGAGUUCUCCUCUGGGUGAAAGCAGAACCCUUUAUAGUGGGUGCCUUGCAGAUUCCCCCUCCUUCCAAGUUCAGUCUUCACUAUCUCAGGAAGAUAUCCACCUAUGUGCGAACACGGACCAUAGAGGGAGGUUACCCACGCCUGUCUUGGUCUACAUGGAGGCACAUUGCAUGUGGGAAGCUGCAGUUAGCUAAGGAUCUGGCAUGGCUUUACUUUGAAAUGUUUGAUAGUCUUGCAAUGAAGACACCAGAGGAGCGCCUGGAAUGGUCUGAGAUUCUGUCCAACUGCAUAUCUGAGGAUGAAGUCGAAAAGCAAAGAAAUCAGCUUUCAGUGGACACCCUGCAGUUUCUGCUCUUCUUACACAUACAGCAGUUAAACAAGGUCUCCCUGAGGACAUCUUUGAUUGGGGAAGAGUGGCCUAGUCCCAGACACAGAUCUCAGUCUCCUGACCUGACUGAAAAAUCCAGUUGUCAUAAUAAGAACUGGAAUGAUUACAGUCAUCAGGCUUUUGUCUGUGAUCAUCUGUCAGAUCUCCUUGAGCUGCUUUUAGACCCAGAGCAACUUACCGCAUCAUUUCAUUCAACCCACAGUAGUCUAGUCUCUCGGGAAGCUGUUGUGGCACUCAGCUUUCUUAUCGAAGGUACAGUGAGUGGAGCUAGGAAGAUAUAUCCGCUUUAUGAACUUGCACUGUGGCAACCACUGCAUGCGGAAACUGGCUUCUCAAAGACCUCUAAGACCUUUUCUUUCUACAAGCUGGAAGCCUGGUUGAGAACCUGCUUGACUGGGAAUCCAUUUGGUACAUCUGCUUGCCUCAAGUCUGGGAAGAAAUUGGCUUGGGCUCACCAAGUUGAAGGGACAACCAAGAGAGCAAAGAUUGCCUGUAAUACUCACGUGGCCCCAAGGAUGCACCGCAUGGUGGUGAUGAGCCAGGUUUACAAGCAAACGUUGGCCAAGAGCUCAGAUACUCUGGUGGGGGCACAUGUAAAGAUCCAUCGUUGCAACGAGUCUUUUAUAUAUCUGCUCUCUCCCUUACGAUCCGUGACAGUUGAGAAGUGCAGAAAUAGCACCUUUGUCCUGGGCCCUAUACAGACUGCUCUUCACCUCCACAGCUGUGACAAUGUUAAAGUCAUUGCUGUUUGCCAUCGUCUGUCCAUCUCGUCGACGACAGGUUGCAUCUUUCACAUUCUGACACCUACACGCCCCCUUAUUCUCUCUGGGAACCAGAGAGUAACUUUUGCCCCUUUUCAUACCCAUUACCCGAUGCUGGAGGACCACAUGGCCAGGACCGGCCUUGCUACAGUGCCUAACUAUUGGGAUAAUCCCACGAUUGUGUGCAGAGAGAACAGCAGCCCAAGUGUCUUCCGACUCCUACCACCAUGUGAAUUCUAUGUGUUUAUUAUUCCAUUUGAAAUGGAAGGGGACACAACAGAGAUACCUGGGGGUCUUCCAUCUGCAUAUCAGAAAGCACUGAGCCAAAGGGAAAAAAAGAUACAGGUCUGGCAGAAAACUGUGAAGGAAGCUCGUUUAACAAAGGAUCAAAGAAAGCAGUUUCAGGUACUUGUGGAAAACAAGUUUUAUGAGUGGUUGAUUAAUACAGGACACCGUCAGCAGCUGGACAGUCUUGUGCCUCCUGCAGCAGGCUCCAAACAAGCAGCAGGAUAAGACUUCCUCUUCGAAACACUGUCAUUUUCAGGGUCCUGGCAACAUGUGGAUGAACAGAAAAUUGUGCACAUGUUGAGACUAAACUGGGAAGGUGCUUUUGCUGUUUGAGACUUUGGAGAUUUUUCUUCCUAUUUAAGACCUUUCUUUAUGUUUCCUUCCAAUUUCAUUUGUUACUGUUUACAUUGAAUUUUAGUCUAAACUUAUAUUAUAUAAACAUAUU